AUGCAGUUUUCCCCCUUUCCGUUUAAAGGCCACCUUCGCCGCCCCCUCCUCACCAAACCACCCCACGAGCUCCCCACCCCGGCACCCGCCGCCGCCGCCAACGUCCUCAGCAAGCCCAUCGCCGACAUGUUUGGCCGCUGGGACGACUUCGCCUUCGCUCCCAUCCGCGAAUCGCAAGUCUCCCGCGCCAUGACGCGCCGCUACUUUGCCGACCUCGACGCCCACGCCGAGUCCGACAUCGUCAUCGUCGGCGCCGGCUCCUGCGGCCUGUCCGCCGCCUACACCCUCGCUACCCUGCGGCCCGACUUGCGCAUCGCGCUUGUCGAGGCCGGUGUCGCGCCCGGCGGCGGCGCGUGGCUCGGCGGGCAGCUCUUCUCCGCCAUGGUCAUGCGGAAGCCUGCUGAUGCUUUCCUCGCUGAGCUGGGUGUCCCCUUUGACGACGAGGGCGACUUUGUCGUCGUGAAGCACGCGGCUCUCUUCACCUCGACUGUGCUCGCCAAGGUCCUCGCCCUUCCCAAUGUGAAGCUUUUCAACGCUACCGCCGUCGAGGACCUCAUCACCCGCCCCCACGAGGGCGGCGUCCGCAUCGCCGGCGUCGUGACCAACUGGACCCUCGUUUCCCUUCACCACGAUGACCAGAGCUGCAUGGACCCCAACACCAUCAACGCCCCCGUUGUGAUUUCCACCACCGGCCAUGAUGGACCCAUGGGUGCCUUUUCGGUCAAGCGUCUCGUGAGCAUGCAGCGCGUCGAAAAGCUCGGCGGCAUGCGCGGCCUCGACAUGCUCCGCGCCGAAGACGCCAUCGUCAAGAACACCCGCGAGAUCGUCCCCGGCUUGAUCGUCGGCGGAAUGGAGCUUUCCGAGAUGGACGGCUGCAACCGCAUGGGCCCCACCUUUGGUGCCAUGGCCCUCAGUGGCGUCAAGGCCGCCGAGGAAGCCCUUAAAGUGUUUGACCUUCGAAAGAAGCAGAACGACACUGACGCUUAA